CCAAUGAUAUGAAUAUCCAUAAUAAUUUAACGCACAAACAUUUGUUCGACAAAACAACGUGUCCGUAUAAAUAUCCUCACAGAUGUUUACUAAUAGUGUUAAAUAUUGAAGUGUUGUUAACAUUGCAUUAACGUGAGCAGGGUCUUUUUCGAAAAAAAGAGAAGGGAAGCUCUGACUCCUAUUUGAACAACGCGACAAUAAACUUCCCAUCAUUCAUUGCGGAACAGGAAGCAAUCGCUCCUUUUGGCGCGGUCUAAUAGCGGUUCCGCCAUCUUGGAAUCACACCACUGUUCCAGGCAACCGUGUGUCCAGCAGACUCAUUGAUAGCAAACGCAUUGUAGUCGGUUAAGAAAGAUAGUUUUUGUGUUUGUUUCACCAACAUUCAGUAAACUUGUUUUUAUUACUUGCCUCUACGUCAGUGAAGCAGACUUCGGGUUAUCGAAAGCACCGUUAUGGCGACUGCAACUCCGAGCCGUGAAGCUGGCCGGCCGGCGGCCUCUACCCCUCUCUCCCCGACCAGGAUCUCUCGUCUACAGGAAAAGCAGGAAUUGCAACACCUGAACGAUAGACUGGCCGUAUAUAUCGACCGCGUCCGGGCCUUGGAACUGGAGAAUAACCGGCUGACGGUGAAGGUGUCCGAGAAAGAGGAGGUGUCUACCAGAGAGGUAACAGGACUGAAAGCUUUGUAUGAGGCAGAGUUGGCCGAUGCUCGACGUGUUUUGGAUGAGACCGCUAGAGACAGAGCCAGGCUGCAGAUUGACCUGGGCAAGGCCCAGUCUGAGCUGGAUGAAGCUAUACGCAGUGGCAAAAAGAAGGACAAUGAUCUGGCUGCAGCUCUGUCCAGGGCUGCUGGACUGGAAGCCCAGCUUAACAAGAGUGAAGCCUCUCUCUCUACUGCCCUGAGCCAGAAUGCAGGUCUGACCUCUGACCUGGCUGAUCUGAAGAGCCAGCUGGCUAAGGCAGAGGACAGUCUGGCUGUGGCUAAACGUCAGCUUGAGGCAGAGACACUGAUGCGCGUGGACCUGGAGAAUCGCUGUCAGUCCCUGAGUGAGGAGCUGGAGUUCAGGAAGAACAUGUUUGAAGAGGAGGUCCGUGAGACCCGUCGUCGUCAGGAGCAGAGAAUCGUGGAGGUGGACUCUGGAGCCAGACAGGAGUAUGAGUUCAAACUGACACAGGCUUUACAGGACCUAAGGAAGCAGCACGAUGAGCAAGUUUCUCUCUAUAAAGGAGAACUGGAGCAGACUUUCCUAGCCAAGUUGGAUAAUGCCAGGGUGUCCUCGGACAUGAAUGGCAAGGCGCUUAGCUCGGCCCGGGAGGAGGUGCAGGAGUCUCGUAUGCGACUGGAGAGCCUGGGUUAUCAGCUGAGUGCCCUACAGAAACAGGUGGCGACCUCUGAGGAACGUAUCAGAGAGCUGGAGGAGAUAUUGGCAGCAGAUCGUGACAAGCACCGCUACGCCAUGGAGGCCAAAGAGCGUGAGAUGAGUGACCUGAGGGAAAGAAUGAACACUCAACUCAGCGAGUACCAGGAGCUGCUGGAUGUAAAGCUGGCCCUGGACAUGGAGAUCAACGCCUACAGGAAACUGCUGGAGGGGGAGGAGCACAGGCUCAAGCUGUCUCCCAGCCCGUCUUCUCGAGUCACUGUCUCCAGGACAACAGGAUCUUCCUGCCGCUCCUCCAAGAGGAAGAGGGUGGAAACUACCAAGGACAUGCUGGCAGAGGACGCCACGGCCAGUGGAGCAAUCACCAUCUCACCCACGGAUAUGGACGGAAACGCCGUCACACUGGCCAAUGAUACUGAGCAGGACCAACCUCUUGGUAACUGGAGGUUAAAGAGACAGGUGGACAAUGGAGAAGAGAUUGUCUACAAGUUCUCCCCCAAGUUUGUCCUCAAGGCUGGACAGUCGGUCACUGUUUGGUCUGCUGAUGCUGGUGUGGCCCACAGUCCACCCUCUGACCUGCUGUGGAAGAGCCAGGCUUCCUGGGGCACAGGAAAUGACAUUGCCACUUCUUUGGUCAACAUUGAUGGAGAGGAAGUGGCCAGGAGGACCGUGAGCAAGACUCAGGUGGAGAUGGAGAAUGGAGAGGAAGAGGAGGAUGAGGAGGAUGAAGUGGUGCAGACAGGGAAAGCCUCCUCUAGAGAGUGCGCCAUCAUGUAAAGUCUUCCUGUUGUUAUCAAUGGCGUCGACUUCACCACUACGUCACCUCCAAUCCUCAUCAUUUGAUGUUUUUAAUUUUCUAAGACGAUGUAAGAAACUUUGGACUUUAUAGUCUCAUUCAUUUUUAUUUUUUUUUACUUCUAUACAUAUUUUUGGACCUACAAUAAUACCAGCUGUUUCCCUAGUAGUAAUUCAGCAACCUCAGCAUCACUAUGUCAUUGAUUUAUGAUUGAAACUGUCGGAGUAUUCCCACUACAGCGAUAUAACUCUGCAUGGUCAUUUAUACUACACUCUAUUAACUUGGUUUGUGACGACCAGGGAAACCUAUUUGGGGUUCAUGUCUGUUUAUGAGUUGUUAAAAAACAACAGACGUUUCUAUGGCCAUAAAGAAAAACUGAAUGAAAAAAUAUGACAAGUGAUGAGCAGUUGUUAGAACUUUUUAAUUUUUUUUAAACCCCAAAAUAAGAACUCGUAAUUUAGAGGUAUCUAAAACUACAAAUUUGUGUAAUCAAACUACAAAAUUCAGAUUACACAUUUAUUACACUUGUGUUUGCUUAAUACAAAUGCUUCCUCUAGAAUUGUUUACCUCUAGUGUUUUUAAUUCAUCUUAUUUGAAGGUGGAAAAAACUGCAGUAAAAGUUGGGAGAAUUGAUCCUAACAGAUUUGUUUCCUGGGAACUAAAAAAAAAAAAAUAGAAAGCUGGAAACCAAUCCUUUGUAGACGUACAUCCAGCUGUCACUGAGAUCACUACAAAUAAAACUCCUAAACACUCACAAGGAGAUGUGUUCACAGAGAAAGAACUUCCUAAAAGUCCUCGUCACUUUUGUGAAUCAAUACUGAUUUUUAUUUUUUCGUAUGUCUCAUGACUCCACUGUAGAAGACAGCGGUCGGACGUGACUGUCCAUCUGAUCUGUCUUAAAGUGACAGAACAGUCAAUAUAUUACGUUUAACACUUUACAAAAUAUAAACAUAUAAGGAUGUGAUGUAAUCUCACAGUUCUGCUCUGGCAGUAAACACCACAGAGACUUAGAACAGAGACACUACACGUUUGUUCCAUACCAACCACAUUCUCACUAAUGAGGGCAGUGACACCACUACACCCACUCUGGGCCCCUCCACCACUCGGUGUUCAUCUGUCAACACCUCUGACCUCAGUGAGUCACGCGUACACUAUAGAAUCUGAAGAAAAGGGUGCGUACCAUAAAACUCAAGAGUGUGGGGGGGGAGGGCGAAGGGGGUGGAGUCUGUGCUUGAAGCCAGUCAUGUGUCAGGGCUUCAUUUUUGUUUUAAAAAAAAAAAGUCUUAUUGAAAGCGCUCUGUUUAAAAACUGACUUCAGGGUCUGUGUUUAUAUGAGCCUGUCAGCUCCCUGUUAGUACUGCAGUACUCUGCCUUUACUAUACCACUGCCUAACUGACCAAUCAGAUCAAGACUCAUCUUCUGUGCAACUCAGUCUCAGACAGUUACACUAAGCAAAUAUACAAAAGCUCUCAAAAAGAAGACUGAUAUUGACCUAGCCGGCUUUUUUUGUUUUGUUUUUACUGUUACUGUUACUUGGGAUUCCUGGGCUCCAGAGUGGUGCAGUGCAGUUUUUUCACCUGAAGGUUGAGGGUACGAUACCACCUCAUCCCCAAACCCUCCAUCAGAAAGGGCGCCUGGUGUAAAAACUCUAACCGAUCCUCAUGUGACUAACACUGUGGUGACCCCUGGUGGAGGGACAGGCUGAAAUCGUUGAUUCAGGCUCUGGGAUAUUGAUCUGAUGUUACCGGCAGGUGGAUGGAUGUUUGUCGUAGUACAGAUGUAGCCGACUUCUCUGACUUACCUCAUUUUGACUGACUGCUCCCAGUAACAAGAAGCAGUCUGGCUCCUGUUCAACGUUUGGUAACGUUUUGUAAACGAUCCACUUAAUUUACAGUAAUGCAGACUGUAGUCAUGGUUCACGGGUGACAUAGGAUGUUAAGCAGCAUAAGUACGUGGUGAGAGAGUGACUUUAGAUGUCGGUCUCUCCACACAAUCGCUUUUGUUUCAGAUUUAGCUCAGUUAUUAUGUAUUAGGUGAAUAAUCUACAACCACCGUUUGGAAACAUUUGGAACUUCUGUACCUUUUUCAAAGAAGAAGAAACGGCAAGAACGUGUCAGUUUGCUUUCAUUUUUGCCAAGUUUUCAGGGCCAGCAGCAGAAGUCUCUUUAUUUACUGUAAGGGAUACCAUAAUAUUUACUGUGGCAAUAUUCAACCCAACAACCCCUUUGUUAAAAAAAAAUCGAAACAGUAGAUGUGCUGUUCAGAGACUUAAUGAUGCGUUCAGGUGUCCGCCACAUCUGGUUCUUGAACCAGAGUUUAUUUUUUAAGAUAUGUCUUUAAAAAAAAAAAACAACCAAAAAAAAAAAUCCCCGCAGCGCCGCCAUGUUCGCAGAGAGUUUAGGUGAUUCCAUUGAAAUUGAACAUUUUUCACCAUGUUGAAAAAUGUAAAUCUGACGUAUUUACUGCCGCUUUUUUCUUGAAUACACACACGAUACACACACGUAAAAUCAACUCUUUGUUUUCAUGAAUUGUGAAAGGACUGUCACUUUUAUUAAAAAAAAA